AUGCUUGCUCGUUGUCUGUGUCUCUUCGCCCUACUUGCUCUCUCGUCGGCAUGCGAUCAAUGGCCGAAUACUACAGAGACAAAGGUCAACUGGUGGCAAUGCUCAAAUGGACCAGUUAUGGUGACCAAUGUUAAUCCAACUGAUAAGAGUGGUAACAGUGAAUAUCCAAUCCGUCUUACUGAACCACUUCUCAUUGCAACAUCCAUCAAUGAUCCAUCCUCAACUUAUACUACUCCUGGACUUAAACAAACUAUCAAGGUCUGGUCAUGGAAUAUGGCUACUUGUGGAUGGUCUUCAGUACCAACUUUUGGACUUUUGAACAACAUCGAUGCUUGUACCAACGGAGUACCAUGCCCAAUUGAACCGAAAAACAAGGUCAUCAAUUUGGAACUCGACUUCUCUGAUACUCCAGCUAUCAUCAAUCUUCUCAAGAACGAUAAGCCUUACCAACUCGAGUAUCUUCUUCAUGAUGACCCGAGCAAGGAAGACCUUUGCAUUAUUUUCCAGGCUAGAGCUCUCACUCAUACUUAAAUUUUGAAGUGAACAAUUUAAUAAAGCAAUAAACUUU